CAGAUCUCCGCUAGUUAGAGUAAUAUUGAUGCUUGUAGCGGGAAGCAAUACAAAACUGCAGAAUAUUGUGUUAUUUGCUCGUAGUACAAUAUAGUAUUAAUCAGGAUGCAGAAAUCGAUCAAAUCCUUUUUUUCCCCUUCAAGCAAGCCAAAGCCUUCAAAUGGUGAAAACAGCAAUUCUAAAAGUUCUGAGAUCUCGGAGAAGGAUACCAGUGAAGCAACUUUACCUAAACAGUACCAAAGAGAGUCCCUGGAUUCACCAGUCAAAUCAUCCCGCCAAGAAGAGCCAGAGUAUUAUACAGUGAUGAAGAAGAUGAGGUUCCUGAAACUUCACCAAUGAAAUUAAAGAAAAGAAAGUUUUGUGAUGUAAAAGACGUUCAAGAACAUUGUUCUUCUAUUGUUAAAAGUCCUGUGAAUAGUGGAGCAGCUAAAGAAGAAGAUAAAAAGGAAGAGGUGUCUUCAGUCCCGGACAAGAGGGGCCCAUCCCCAGUAUCAUCUGUUUUGGGGAUACCAAGAAGAAAAACAGCAAGAAAAAGUGUAAAAGGAGGAAGCACCAAGAAAAACAUUCUUGAACUCCAAGUGAGCAGAGAUUCUACAGUCUCAGGUAAUACUUCCAUCCAGGAAGCAGACAACCAAGUGCCCACAGGGGAAAUAAACAGAGCUUCAGAAAACACUGCAAAAGUUGGCAACUCAAAUGAUGUCAGCAGACAGCAAGAAAAAGCAGUGGAUAUGGAUGUCAUCAAGAAUCAGAACAGGAAGACACAAUGUGUAGGACCAAAUGUGGCAACAGUAAAGAGUCUAGCACAGUGGUUCCAAAGGAGACAAGUCGUGUACCACUUAAUGACUUUUUUGCACCACGAAAGACCUCUGGAAACAAACACCAUAAAGAUGAGAGUGAAAAAGAAAAUGAUAAAAAGGAUCCGGUCCCAAGUUCAGAGUCAAACCACUGUCAUAAAACUGUGUCACCUAGAAUACCUGGUGAUGUAAAAGUUGAUGAAAAAACCAUACCAGAUACCAGCUAUGAUCCUAGUAAAUCCAAGUACCAUCCAGUGAAUGAUGCAUGCUGGAAACAUGGAGAAUGUGUGCCAUACCUCGCUUUGGCUAAGACAUUUGAAGCAAUAGAGGCAACUUCAGCAAGGCUACGGAUGAUCGAAAUCUUGUGCAACUUCUUCCGCUCCGUGCUGUGCUUGUCACCUGGCGACUUGCUACAAUGCGUGUACCUGUGUUUGAACAAGCUGGCACCUGCCUACAAAGGGGUGGAGCUGGGAGUCGGCGAGACUGUGCUUAUGAAAGCUAUUGCACAGGCUACAGGUCGCACUGUGGAGAAACUAAAAGCUGAUGUUCAAGAAAAGGGGGAUCUUGGCUUAGUUGCUGAGAACAGCCGCAGUAACCAGAGGAUGAUGUUUGCUCCACCAAAGCUUACAGUUCCUGGUGUCUUCUCCAAGCUGAAAGAGAUAGCCUUGAUGACAGGAAAUGCUGUUAUGGCCAAGAAGAUUGAGAAGAUCAAAGGAAUGUUUGUGGCAUGCCGACUCUCAGAAGCUCGAUACCUCAUUCGAUCACUUGGAGGCAAACUUCGCAUUGGCUUGGCAGAGCAGUCCGUGUUGACGGCGCUCGGUCAUGCUGCUUUUCUUACACCACUUUGUCAAGAUUUUCCACCAAAAGUCUUGGAUGCAGGAAAAGGGAUGGCAGCAGAUGUGCUAAAGAAAAAGCUGGAAGAAGCAGCUAUGAUCAUCAAGACUACUUACUGUGAGCUGCCAAACUAUGAAUCUGUCAUCUCCUCUUUGCUGGAACAUGGCUUAGAAGAGUUACCCAAACAUUGCAAGUUAACUCCAGGUAUUCCUCUGAAACCUAUGCUUGCACAUCCAACCAAAGGUGUCAGCGAGGUGUUGCGGAGGUUUGAAAACAUGGACUUCAGCUGCGAGUAUAAGUAUGAUGGAGAGCGGGCACAGAUCCAUGUCCUGGAGGAUGGUCAAAUCCAUGUGUACAGUCGCAACUCUGAGGAUAACACCUCCAAGUACCACAUCAUCAAGCGCAUGCCCCGGGUGUUGGGAUCAGAAGUCAAAUCUUGCGUCAUUGACUCAGAGGCUGUUGCAUGGGAUCCAGAGAAAAAGCAAAUUCUACCUUUCCAGAUCCUGAGCACACGAAAGAGGAAGGAUGCUGAUGAAAAAGAGAUUAAAGUACAAGUUUGCAUCUAUUCGUUUGACCUCUUGUACUUAAAUGGAGAAUCCUUGGUAAGCAAGCCUUUCCGGAUCCGGCGUCAGCUCCUGCGGGAUAAUUUCCAAGAAGUGGAAGGGGAAUUUGUCUUUGCGAAAUCCAUGAUCUCUUCCAACACGGAAGAGAUUGAGGAUUUCCUUGAAGAGUCUAUAAAGGGAAACUGUGAAGGAUUAAUGGUAAAGUCACUGGAUGUUGAUGCCACUUAUGAAAUUGCUAAAAGAUCUCAUAGCUGGUUGAAGUUGAAGAAAGACUACGUAGAAGGUGUAGGGGACACUCUUGAUGUCGUUGUCAUUGGGGGCUACAUAGGCACUGGUAAACGAACAGGAAAAUAUGGAGGUUUUCUGCUGGCAUGUUAUGAUGACGACAAUGAAGAGUUCCAGUCUAUUUGUAAGAUUGGAACAGGGUUUAAGGAUGAAGAUCUUGACAAACACUCGGAAUUCUUCAAGGAUCACAUUAUACCUCAUCCCAGACCAUAUUAUCGCUGGGAUUCUGCUGUGGAGCCAGACCACUGGUUUGAAGCUGUGCAAGUGUGGGAGAUUAAAGCAGCAGAUCUCUCCAUUUCCCCAACACAUAAAGCUGCCAUGGGAUUGGUUGAUGAUACAAAGGGAAUAUCUCUGAGAUUUCCAAGGUUCAUAAGAAUCCGGGAUGACAAAAAACCAGAAGAAGCCACAAGUGCAGCACAGGUGGCAGAGAUGUACAGGAACCAGCAACAAAUACAAAAUCAAAAGUCAGGGGAGACAAAAGUUGUAGAGGACGAAGAAGAUUUUUAUUAAAGUUUUUUUCUUCUGAAUAUUUUAAAGAAAUGUUGCAUUGAGAUAGUGAUAGUGUAUAUAUAGCUCAAUGUGAGGAUUCUGUUGGCCAACACAGUUAAUGUAACAGUAGUGAUCAUAGCCUGGUACAAAAAGGAACCAUGCAGUUCUUUGAACAUUUUACGAAUUUAUGCAGCUACGUGUUUUGCCAUGUCAAAAUUCUGUUUCCUCACAUGUGAUCAAAUUAUGGUAUUACAAGAGAGAAAAUGUCUUUGUGGAAAACAGUGUAUUCGCUUUCUUUCGGAAAGAUGAAGCAUGAAAAAAACCUCCAGGAUCUCCUAUGGUUAUUUGUAUUUAGACCAGCAUGAUUAAUCGCCAGAUGAAGCCAAACUGAGGAUCCUCUGAAGAAGAAAAAUGAUCAGAAAGGUGCUUGGGUAUUAUUUUUUUCUGUACUAUGCAGUGUGGAUGAUGAUGAACUUGUAUGAAAUAAAAUGGAAGCAUAUCUAAGGAUUCAGACUUCA